AUGCUCGGCUUCCUGCCUGCAGACCCCUUUGCAGUUCAACCCUCGCCCACCUCGUCACCAAUGCUUAGGCCUCCCACCGACAGAACUGGGAGCCCGUCAACGACGCCAUUCAGCAUGGAUGUCUUGCAGUCAACACUCGGAAGAGAUUUUCCCCAGCCAUCGUGGGGUAUUCUGACUGAUGGACCAGCUGGUCCCAUCGACAUAUCACCUCUCCUCCCUGGUACUCCAGCGUCACCUGCGCUGUUGCAAAGGUCUAAUUUCUCUAGUGCAAGGCAAUGCAAAAGGCGUUGCCUAGAGAAGUGGAAUUGGAGGAAAAAUGAUACCGAGUCUGCUCGGCAGCUUCGUCGGGACGGCAAGAGCCCAGUAACCCCCAACAAGAAGACAGCACGACAGCAACGCCGGCCACCCAUCAACAGCACUAGUAGCCUGCUUGCUGAGAUCUCUGCUCGAACAUGUGGGCUUUGUGAAAAGCUCCUGCACUGGGUUAAAAGUCUCAUCUUCAGAUCCUCGAAAGAAGACGUGGAGUGGCGCCAGCUGAAUCGCGUUGGUCGUCUGCCAGUCUUCGGACAAGAACUCACUUCUCAGGUCGCCGUCGGCCUGGAGCACUUCGCUUCUGGCGAUCCCGACAGUGGAUUCCCCGUACUGAGCCACAUGUUUUGGGACCUCGGAGAUUUUGUCAGGAAGAGCGACAUCACUAUAUACGCGACCUUGCUCUUGGAUAUACCCUCCAUAUUCUAUGAGUUCAAAAACGAGGUUCCUUUUCUCAACAAAUACUUUCUGUAUCUGCACAGUUUGUUUGGAGAGUUUCAAAAAGGCGAUAGCCCAAUCGCAAACGCGGUGCAGGCGAUGGGUCAGCUCACAGCCAUGGACUUCGAUCAAGCUCGAGGCUGCUUAUCACAACUCUACCGGGUCGUCGCCGAUGCUUACGAAGAAAUCCAGGGGCGCGACACAUUUGAUAGCAUCGAACGGCAUGUGGAGGCGAUCAAUGCUACUGGAAGCACUCCAGAUACACAGGAGGUAGGACGAAUCAUCACUGCUCUCGACAACAUGCAGAUACUCGCCGCCUCACAUCAAGGCCAGCUCCAGUCGCCCAACAUCAUCGAGUAUGAACUCUGGAAGAUUGAGCUUCUGCGGUCAAUUGAGACCGGCAAUCAGUUCGUGAGUCGUUGCAAUAGACUCCUGGAGAGUAUCGCAACCGUUGCUAUCGACAAAGAAUGGCGGCUUUGGGAGCCUUGGCUGCUCUGGAUUUGUGGAGAGGUCAUGUACGAGCUUUGCAGAUUCUUCGACAAGGUUGGCAACGACGAAGAGUGGGCGGAAAAUCUGGAAGGCUGCAUUUUACGGUUUAGGUGUGCGAUAACCAUGGACGAGACCUGGGAAGAGUUGCUGGGAUGGAGGGUUGUGCUUUACCGUCUUCAAUUGGUUGAGUUCUGGACAGAAGCAGGAAAGCCGGAGCAGGCUGAGAAGCACAAGCGAUGCAUCAGAAACUCGGCUUGCUGGGAAGCAAUGUUGAGAGAGCACGCGGAGCUACCUUCUUUCUUUGAUUGA